AUGCAAGACCUUAUAACGGCGGAGGAAGAUGCUGAGCAUGUUGAGGACCGGGGUCCGAGCAGCUACUCCUCGUCGCCGAUCACGAAGCUCCUCGAGAAGCGUCGGGAGAUGUACGACGUUAAUGACGUUUUGGAGACUCAGAAAGCGAAAUACGCGAAUGAAGAGGAGACAUUUCAAAAGGUUGAGGAUGAUAUCAGAGCACGAGAUCUGCAUCUUCAGCAUCAGCUAGUGCAAUACAACAAAUUCCUACAGGAUAACGAAGGGAAGCGUCGUCGAGCUGAGCUGAGAGCUGGAGAGGAGGUUCAUCAGAUCGCAAUAAAGGGGGAGGAAAUUAAGGAUAUGGAACGGGAACUGACAGAGUCUCAUCGGAUGCAUAAGGAACUCCGUCAGGCAGUUGCUAGGAGUGAUCGAGAAAUGCCGACGGGGGGGAAAUUUUCUUCUGUAGAUCUUCGCUAUAAAACUUUCUUGGAGCUCGUAAGAGACAGCUCGGAGGAGUUCUCAGAGAUACAGGAUAUACUCGCUAGAUACCACACGCUGGAGAUGGCGAAUACUGAUCUACGGGCAGCCCAGUCCAACCUCGAUGGACGAGCGGAGGAGAUGAGAACGAAGCUUAGCGUGUACAACAAGAGGAAGGCGAUGGAGAUACUGGAGGCCACCAAUCGGGCGGCCUCUCUGCAGGCUGAUCUCGAGGAUAUGGAAAAGCGAGUUAUGGAGCUGGAUGAGGAGGUAAAGGAAGCCUCUGAGGAAGAUGCAGGGCUUCGGCUGACUCUCGCUCGAAUCGUGGCUAGCGUGGAGAAUCUUUUCAAACGGUGUACUACGCAGAAAUCUCAGACGCAACAUGGCAGUUCUAUACAGGAGGACGAGGAUGCGGACCCUUCAACAGGUUGGGGUCCGGCCCCUCAAGCUUCCCGUGGAACUGGGUUAUCUCAGAAACAGAAGGCGGAGUUGGAAAUGCGGGAAUAUCGCAAGAAAACUGAUUGUGCUUUGAAGCAACUAUCGACCAUAUGCGCCUAUAUGGCUGAUCUCCGCGAUAUCGCCGAGCAAAUCAAGAAGGAAAGAAAAGCUGCGAAGAAGCAGCAGCGUCCAGUACUUUUUGAUCAGCACUCCCAGCCCAAGGCGGAGAUCAUACGCAGCCAUUCGCCACCUGUGGCCGCCACUAGGGCGUCUUCAAGUGGAGUACGCACCACGCGAACGGUGUCGUCAUCUUCUGGUUCGAGGGCCACUUCCCGGAAAUGA